CAGUGUCCUGUACGUGGAGGAGUUUGAUUGCUUCACCUACCCUUCUGCUUUGUGCUCUUCCAGAAACUUCUUCUCUCAAAUAUAGGAAGAAGCUUGCGUUCAAACCAUACCUCAAUUGCUGAGACCCCCUUCAUCUCAAUUUGCACGACCAGAUGGAGAAGUCUCUGCACUUGGCAUUUUACAUCACCAUCUGCUCCCUUGCUUUCAUUGCGUCGAAGAUCGUCAUCUCCCUUCUUCUGUACAGACGAUGGAGGAGGAAGCAUAUGGCUUAUGAGGACGGCUUGUCGGGUGGGAAGAUGGUGAUGUUCAGGUCGCCGGCGAUGCAGUCUCUCACAUCGGAAGCGUUCAUGAAGAAGACUCUGAAGUUGAGCAACAAGGAUAUCAUUGGUUCGGGAGGCUACGGGACAGUGUAUAGACUGACGAUAAACAACUCCAUGGCCUUCGCGGUGAAAAGGCUCAACAAGGGGAGUUCGGAGAGAGAGAGGGGAUUUGAGAGAGAGUUGCAGGCCAUGGGAGAUAUAAAGCACCGCAACAUCGUGAAGCUCCAUGGAUACUACACCGCCCCUCGCUACAAUCUUCUCAUAUAUGAGCUCAUGCCUAAUGGAAGUCUUGAUGAAGUUCUCCAUGGAAGAUCAAUGAACAAGAUGACAUUGGAUUGGCCGAUGAGGUAUAAAAUAGCCGUGGGCGCUGCGAGAGGAAUAUCCUAUCUCCAUCACGACUGCAUCCCGCACAUAAUCCACAGGGACAUCAAAUCGAGUAAUAUAUUGCUGGAUCAGAAUAUGAACGCACGAGUUUCUGAUUUCGGACUCGCCACGCUGAUGGAACCAGAUAAGACUCAUGUUUCGACAUUUGUAGCAGGAACUUUUGGAUACCUAGCUCCUGAAUACUUCGAUACGGGGAAAGCAACAGCAAAAGGAGAUGUCUACAGCUUUGGGGUUGUUCUGCUGGAACUUCUGACUGGGAAAAAGCCGACAGACGAAGCGUUUGUGGAGGAGGGCACCAAGCUUGUGACAUGGGUGAAGUCAGUAGUAAAUGAGAAGAGGGAGGAAUACGUGCUGGACAGCGGAUUGGAAGAUUGUCCAGUUGACGAGAUUAACAACGCAUUUUCUAUUGCAUUGAUGUGCCUUGAGCCCGAACCGGCUAAAAGGCCUACCAUGGCUGAAGUUGUCAAGAUGCUCGAGCAAACAAAAUCUGAGAAAUUGUAAAAGAUCUUUAGCCCCUGGUACUGAUGUAUUCUCAGAGAAGCUGUUACCUUUUCUGUUUAGUCCCCAAAGACCAGCUCAAAUGUAACUCCAUUCCUGUCAUUAAACAUG